GCUUGCUGGCACACCACACCGCACAUCUACCACCGCGUGUCGCUCGUAUCAACAACAAACCCCAUAAACGGCUGGCGGCGGGGAUAAUCCAACCUCCUUUUUUCCAAUGAAACAAGAGCAGCCGGACAAGGUAAUUCUUGGUGGUUGCCUCUUUGCGUCGUGCGAUGGCAUCGAUCAACCAACCAACAUCUUUCUACCCCUUCCCACUGCAACCUCACCCUUCCCACCUAUUCGGAUGACAGUCCCUACGACUAGUGGCCAAGACAGAGAAAUCCAACCGCCAGAAAAGUCUGCGGUGGCGAGCCUUGGCGAACCAAGCUCGCGCUGCUCAGUCGCGUCGCUACCACUUCUCCACCUAUACCCUGUCCCUGCCCUGCCCUCCCGGUGCUUCACCCACAACGACAAUCGCUGCCAAAGUAGAAGCGUCGCUCCCGGUAGCACCGUUAGCCUCGCUAUCCACCAAGAUAGUCGAGACGGCGGGCGAGCAGCAUCACCGAGGCUUUCCUUGUGAGCCUGUCGCCACACGCCGUUUCCAAAUUGCCAUAUCUCUCUGCGCCAGUUGGAUCUUCGUACACGCGCCGAGCAUUUACGACCGCUUUAUAUACCGUCUUUGCGCCCUACCGAACCGUCGCAUCUACCCUGUCUACUGUAGACUACCCAUCUACAGCACCGGUCCCGGCUGCACGCGCACCCACCGAGCAUCCG